AUGAGCCGCCACCCUCCGUCCAAUUACGGCGAGGAGCCGCCAGCAUACCUGGACCAAGAGACGGCUUCCUUUUUGUCCGAUCACGACUCUCCGAGCCAUCCCUCCCGUGGCGCGACCAUGCGUUUGUUGCCAACCAGCGGCGAUGGCGCCGAUGAUUUUACUAGUCCCAGGGCCGCUUCGCCUUCUACAUAUGAUCCGCAUUAUGAUUAUACUCCGACCGAAGAAGAUCCAGGCUACGAUCGAUACUAUCAAGUUCCAACUGCGUCCUCACCGUCGCGUCGACCAUCAACCAUGACAACUGGUUCCAACCUACCAACAGCGAGCUUAGCAGAUACUUCCGUCUACCCGUCUAUUCCCCCACGCACAGGAUCUCCCAUUCGCCCAUGGAGUCCGUCCCAUAUUCGACCGCCAUCUGUGUCGAGUGUUGGCUAUGAACGCGCCGAUCUGAAUGGCAGCCCGCGGCCGGGUACACCCAGCUCUAGAUACGGCGGUAGCCCUCGUCGGCCAUUGCCCCCCGCUCCUCUAUUCUCUGGGCCAAAGUCAAGUGCUGUCGACACGAGCAUUGAUAUUGGUGAUGGACUGGACGGAGAUGACCCAUUCGGUGGCGAUGGUCGUACGAUUCACCACAAUUCACGCGGUAGUGUGCGGUCCUUUAUGAGCGAGUCGACCUUUUUGGGGGAUGAGAAGGACGCAAUGCAGAAGGUGGACCUUGACGAUGAUGAGGACGCCGAGUCUGGUUCUAUUGAUCCCAACAUGCACUACGGCCCAGCACCGGAAAAGCAAGGUCGUCGAGGUGUCAGAUCUAAACAAGUCGUCAAGAAGGAGGUUCAGCUUGUCAACGGCGAGCUGAUCUUGGAGUGCAAGAUCCCCACAAUUCUGCACAGUUUCCUUCCUCGCAGAGACGAGCGCGAGUUCACUCAUAUGCGCUAUACCGCUGUGACAUCUGACCCCGAUGACUUCACAAACAGAGGAUAUAAGCUCCGUCAACAGAUUGGAACGACCACCCGUGAAACAGAGCUGUUCAUUUGUGUCACCAUGUAUAACGAAGAUGAGAUUGGUUUCACCCGCACGAUGCACGGUAUCAUGCAAAAUAUCAGUCACUUCUGCUCCAGAACCAAGUCUCGUACUUGGGGUCGUGAUGGCUGGAAAAAGAUCGUUGUUUGUAUCGUCGCUGAUGGACGUAAAAAGGUCCAUCCUCGUACUCUCAAUGCCUUGGCCGCACUUGGCGUGUACCAGGAGGGUAUUGCGAAGAACAUUGUCAACCAAAAGGAGGUCCAGGCUCACGUGUACGAGUACACCACCCAGGUGUCGCUUGACUCUGACCUCAAGUUCAAGGGUGCCGAGAAGGGUAUUGUACCUUGUCAGGUCAUCUUCUGUUUGAAGGAACACAACAAAAAAAAGUUGAACUCCCACAGAUGGUUCUUCAACGCCUUUGGUCGUGCUCUCCAACCGAAUAUCUGUAUUCUGCUCGAUGUCGGUACGCGGCCUGAGCAAACAGCCCUCUACCAUUUGUGGAAGGCUUUCGAUCAGGACUCGAAUGUUGCUGGUGCAGCCGGUGAGAUCAAGGCUGCCAAGGGUAAGAACUACCUUGGUCUGCUUAAUCCUCUCGUGGCAAGUCAGAACUUUGAGUACAAAAUGUCCAACAUUCUGGAUAAACCUUUGGAAUCAGUGUUUGGUUACAUUACUGUCUUGCCCGGUGCGCUAAGUGCUUACCGGUUCUUUGCCCUGCAAAACGAUGCAGACGGCCAUGGUCCGUUGAAUCAAUAUUUCAAAGGUGAGACGCUACAUGGUCAAGAUGCAGACGUCUUCACGGCCAACAUGUACCUGGCCGAGGAUCGUAUUCUUUGCUGGGAGUUGGUGGCUAAGCGAGAAGAAAGAUGGGUGCUGAAGUUCGUCAAGAACGCGGUUGGAGAAACUGAUGUGCCUGAUACGGUACCUGAGUUUAUCUCACAACGUCGUCGCUGGCUGAACGGCGCUUUCUUCGCUGCUGUCUACUCGAUCUUCAAUGCGAAGCAAAUCUGGAAGACAGAUCACACUAUUCCUCGAAAAAUCCUGCUUCAUAUCGAGUUCUUCUAUCAGUUCCUUAAUCUCUUGUUCACUUACUUUGGUCUUGCCAACUUCUAUCUCGCGUUCUACUUCAUUGCCGGCUCCUUGACUGAUAAGAAGCUUGAUCCGUUCGGUCAUAACAUGGGAAAAUACAUUUUCAUCGUCCUGCGUUAUGCUUGUAUCUUGGUCAUGUGUUUGCAAUUCAUUAUCUCGUUAGGAAACCGACCACAAGGUGCCAAAAACUUGUACCUUUCCGGUAUCAUUGUUUACGCCGUCAUCAUGUUCUACACGGUGUUCUGUGCUCUGUACUUGGUGGUCAAAGAAUUGCUUGCACGCGCUGGUGUAGGAAAUAGCGACAUGGACGUGAGCGACAGUCUCAUGACCAACAUCGUCUUGUCCAUGCUGUCAACCGUUGGUCUGUACUUCUACAGCUCCUUCCUCUACCUGGAUCCCUGGCACAUGUUUACCUCGUCGAUCCAAUACUUCCUCAUGAUGCCGAGUUACAUCUGCACACUGCAGGUUUACGCAUUCUGUAACACGCACGAUGUGACCUGGGGAACAAAGGGAGACAACGUGAUCAACACCGAUCUGGGUGCCGCCAAGGUGAUCAACGGCUCAACCGUCCUCCUGGAAAUGCCCUCGGAGCAACUUGACAUCGACAGCGGCUACGACGCAGCGCUGCGCAACCUCCGCGAUCGUCUCGAAGUCCCCGAGCCCCCACCGUCCGACUCCCAACUCCAAGAAGAUUACUACCGCGCUGUCCGUACCUACAUGGUCUCGAUCUGGAUGGUAGCAAACGUGAUCCUGGGAAUGGCAGUCUCUGAAGUCUACGGAGUUGAUGCAGGUGGUACAAACAUCUAUCUCGCCAUCAUCCUGUGGUCUGUCGCCGUCCUCGCCGCUAUCCGUGCCAUUGGUUCAACCGCCUACGCAAUCCUAAACGUGAUCCACAAGAUCGUCGAAGGAAAAACCAAAUUCGACGCUGGCAAUAUGACCAACUUCGCUCCUAGCUCCUUCGGAGGCAGUAGCGUCGGCAAAUCAACCGAGUCAGGCUCUUCAUCCUCUCGCCCUGUCCGCUACGGCGGUGGUGCGACUUUGAAGGAUCGUUUCAACGAAGCGCGCUGGUCUGCCGGCCGUGUAGCUGGAAAAGCUAUGUUCUGGCGAAAAUAG